AUGGAGGGUGCCAAAGUCUAUGUCCAAGAUGCGAGGGUUUGGCAACGAGCGACGGUCCAGGCUGCUCUCGGCCAUGGAAAAUAUCGGGUCUCUUUAGAAGGCUGGGAGGAAGAUGAGUCAAAAGCAACGACCUCGAUGGAUGUCGAUGCUUCCAGCAUGGAAGGUGGAAUGCUGCCUUUCCAGAAUUCAGACAUGCCAGAGAAUGGCUUUCCGGAUAUGACAAGCCUGGAUCAUUUGCAUGAGCCUGCCCUACUUCACAACUUGCGAAGGCGCUUCUUCUCUCAAGCUUGUCCCUACACGUACACCGCUGACAUUGUGAUCGCUAUGAAUCCCUAUCGGUGGUUUCCGCAACUGUACACCGAUGAGAUGAGGAAGGAAUACUUGGUCUAUGACCGCACCAAGCUCGAACCUCACGUUUACACCACCUCGUCAUUAGCAUAUUCUGGAUUGCAGGAGACGUCAGCCAAUCAAACGGUCUUAGUGUCUGGCGAAUCAGGUGCUGGCAAGACCGAGACGGUCAAAAUCUUGAUGGCACAUUUGGCCUUCAUGGCCUCCUCAGAUGAUACAUCUCACAUACGGAGAAUCGUGGAAUCCAAUCCCCUGCUGGAAUCCUUUGGCAAUGCCCAGACAGUUCGCAACGACAACUCCAGCCGCUUCGGGAAGUUUAUUGAGCUCCAGCUCAACAAUGAGUGCCGCUUGGAAGGGUCCAAGUGUCGGACCUACUUGUUGGAGAAGUCACGCGUGGUUAGCCAGGAUGCAGGUGAGCGAAACUUUCAUAUCUUCUAUCAAAUGCUGGCCGCUGACGGCGACACCCGAGCAGAAAUCGGUCUGGGUGACCCAUCUCUAUCAAGAGAUUCCCUGAGAUAUACUAGCAUGGGCUGCUCCAAAACUGAUACCAUCGAAGGCAAAAGUGAUGCUCAAUCCUUUCAAGGAACUGUGGCUGCACUGGCCCUUUUGGAGAUCCACACUGAGAAGCUCACUCGUUUGUUGCGUGCAUUAGCUGGAGUGCUUUUACUAGGGCAGCUGGACUUUGCCGGCACUGAAGAGACGUCACAAGUGACGGACACAUCAAAAAGUGCCGCCGCCUCUGCAGCAGACGUUUUGGCUGUCGAUGUCUCUGAGUUGGAGCGUUCGCUCACUCACCGGACCAUCCGGAUGCGGAAUGAAUCGGUGGUGAAGCAGCUCCCGCCAACGAGUGCCACAGGCAAUCGGGAUGCUCUUGGAAAGGAGAUUUAUGCGAGAGUCUUUGAUUGGCUCGUGGAACAGAUUUGUUUGGCGACAAGCGCGCCACCGGAGCGAGCAAAAGCCUUCGUUGGCUUACUGGAUAUUUUCGGCUUUGAGUCCUUUGCCAUCAAUCGCUUUGAGCAGCUGUGCAUCAAUUACGCCAAUGAAAAGCUGCAGCAAAAAUUUACCCAUGAUGUCUUUAAGGCCGUGCAGCAAGAAUACACUGCUGAAGGUAUUCCAUGGGACCGUAUUGAAUUCAAGGACAAUGCACCUAUCCUUGCUCUGAUUGAAUCAAAGCUGGGUGUGGUUGCCAUGUUAAAUGAAGAGUGUGUAAGGCCCAAAGGCUCGAACCAGAAUUUUGUCUCAAAGCUGGUGUCAGUUCACAAGGAGGAUCCAGCCUUCUCUGCUCCCAAACUGGGGAAGUUGAGGGAACUGCAAUUUUGCAUCCGCCAUUAUGCGGGAGAGGUCAUGUACACAGCCGAGGGCUGGAUCGACCGCAACAAUGAUGCGGUCUCCGAAGAUUUGCUGGCUUUGAUGCGUGGCUCCAAGAAUGAAUUGCUCUCUUCCUUAUUUGUGGAAGAGACCAAGGCCAAGCGAGACACAGUUGCGACCAAAUUCAAGGCAUCCCUUUCGCAGCUCAUGGAGACCAUUGGGCAGACUACGACACAGUAUGUGAGAUGCAUCAAGCCCAAUCAGAACAAGUCACCUACGGAGGUGAACAACGAGAUGGUGGUGGACCAGCUGCGAUGUGCUGGUGUCAUCGAAGCCAUCCGCAUCAGUCGGGCUGGCUUCCCAGCACGCAUGCCAUUGAAGGACUUUGCACAACGCUUCCAGCUAUUGGUUCAACGAUAUCACUCCAAGGGAUUGGUGCAGUUCACCGUGAAGAAUCCGGUGAUGAUGGGCCAGGAGCAAUCAGAGAAUUGCCGGAAGAUCUUGUCCCUUCUGGGGACAGAUGAGACCUACCAAGUCGGCCGCACACGGGUGUACUUCAAGAGUGGGGUCUUGGAAUCCCUGGAAGAAAGGAGGGCUCUUUUGAUCCAGCAAGCUGCAAUUGAACUAGCUCGACGAAUCCGUGGGCAUCAGGCUCACCGGCGCUUUGGGCAGAUCAAAGGCGUGGUGCGGCGCACGCAAGCGACCUGGAGGAUGAACUUGGCCCGAAGCAGCUAUCAACGAGUGCGCCGAGUGGCACUCUUUUGUCAGACACGGCGCAGGGCUGUUCUGGCGGCCCGACGGGCCCAGGAACUGCGACGUCAUCGGGCAGCGGCCAGGCUUCAGGCUCAGUGGCGGCGACGGAUUGCGAUGAGGACACUGCAUCGAGCCAGGCAAGCGGCAAUACGUAUUGAAGCACGGGCCAGAUCUUGGCUUCAAAGGCGCCAAUACCUGGUGAGCUUGGCUGAGUUCAAAGAACAAGCGAAACUUGAAAACCAAGUGAAAGCUUUGAAAGCCAAGCUCGAAGCCCAGGAAAGAGCCAGCGCAAACUCCAGUGAGACAACCCAGGCACCUGCGGAGGUCCUUGAAGCUUUGCAAGCUUUAGGAGCAGAAAAUGCCAAGCUCCACAUGGAACUGGACCGGUUGCGGGAUGAGAAUGACAAGCUGCGCCGAGAGAACCAGAAGCUGCGUGCCAUGGACACAGCUCGCAGAGAGAAGCUGGCAUCAUGCAGCCGCUCCAAAAAGUAUGAUGAAGAGCAUAAGGCCGGUCACGGCACAGAGCUUGAGCGCGAGGAACAGCACCAUGCUGGACAUGCAGAGCAUGUCGGUGAUUCCAAAAACGGUCCAGCAAUGCGGGCAUUACAACUAUACCCGCCAUUGAACGAGUUCUGGGAGGACGUGCCAUGCGUGGGCAUCCCAUUCCUCCAGACUGGAUCGCUGGUUCAUCUCAAGUUGGGUGCAAAUAUCCUGUUUGUCGACAUCCAUGGGAAAAGCCUCAUGUGGCAGUCGUGGAUGAAUAAUCACUCAGGCUACCGGAAUGCUAUGGGCUUCAUUGUGGAGCGAUGCGCUGAGCAAGACCUGAAGAAGGCAAAACGCUCUUCGAUUUGGGGCAGCCCUGCCAAAGAUGCCAAAGAUACUCCACAUCGAUCUUCAAGUGAAAGCUCCUCCAUAGGAGAAGCGUUUGUUUUGCGCUCGAGUUGGACAACAAAGUAUGUGAAGGUUGGUGGGCUUCUCGACUGGUAUUGCCUGCAAGUCUCCGGAAAGAGUGCUGACGAUGCGGCUGUGUUCACUUGCAGAUCGGUUGGCUCGGAGUCUGAGUCCUACAGUUUCGCAUUAAAGCUUUUUGGGAAGGACAAGUACCUCUGCUUGCAGAACGAUGGCUCUGUUGCUAUGGAAAAAGUUGCAGACAUUGAAUCAGCCCCGAACAAGCAGAAUUUCAUUGCUGGCUUUGAAUGCCUGCUUCCGGCAACAUCUUAUGACAUAGUGAUCUAUGAGCAUCAUGUAGGUCUCACUGUCAGCAAAGAUUUGCCACUACGAGUUGUGGGCUUCAAGAACGUUCAAAACCCAGGCCGGCCACAGGAAGCAGGUCCUGCAGAGUCCAGUGGUCGUGUGCGUAUGGGCGACGUGAUCACCCACGUCAACGGCGUGGACGUGACCAGAGUUCAACGCGAAGAUGUGUUGACUCUGAUCAGUAUAGAGCGUCCUGUGAUGUUACGUUUCUUGUCAAUCGAUCCCACCUAG